GUCGCUUGUGGGACCACUGCGACAGCUACAGCGACGGCGUCCAGCUCAUGUGCUCCCUACCUACACUAGGUAGUAGUAGCAAGCCGGCAAGCCUGGCAAUGGCGGGGGACCCAGCACACAGGCACGUUUAACUGCCGUACGACCCUCACUCCGCCGUCAUCCUGGGCCGCGCAAUCGACCCAUCCAAGCAAAUUCCAACUCUCUCUCCCGUUCGGACGGAACCUGCGCCUGCCAUAGCUGCUUCAAGGGACCAUCGUCGUCCGGAGUUAUUGGCCCUUCUCAAGCUGUGCAUUGACACCGCCCCCAAAGCGACCGUCCAACUCCCAACUCCAACAAAACCUGCCCUUGGUGGCACGAUCCUGUCAAACCAACCUCCUCCUCCCCUCACCUCAACAGUGGAAUUAUAUACCGGCCGACGCCUGACCCGAGCGGUGGAACACCAGCAUAGUCUCUGUCUCAACCCCCGAAACAAAUCAUCCAAUCGUCCAGCUCCAAGUCACAUUCCAUCGAGCUGAUAUCUUUUGCGACCUGUCCCCUCUGUUCGUCGACUUCUAUACCCUCGGGACGACCCAGCUCCAGCCCGGUCUCUGCACUCUUCACGGCUCGCCUGUCCGACACGCCUUGUCCGACACAACAAUGGCCGGCCAUCCCUCACUGGGCGGCGUCGCCCUGAUUUUCCUCGCCGGCUCCAUAGUAAUGAUCUUCUUCGUUGUCCUGGCCGGCGUGACAACGACUUCGCCCCUGCAGGAUACCUACUUCCUGCGAGCAGACACGUCUGCCAUCACCGGCGCGCGCAGCAUCUCGCAAUGGACUUUCUUUCACAUCUGCAGCCCCGGCAACGUCGACUGCACCCGACCGAGCCCCGCCAUGCCGUUCGGUCACGCUUGGGCGGACGACGCCGAUAAUAUCCCAGACGGUCUGGGCGGGAGCUUCGCCGGCAACACGACCUCCAAGUACUACUUUUACAUGUGGCGAUUCGGCUGGGUCCUCUACCUCAUCUCGCUCUUCUUCGACGUGCUCGCCUUCUUCUCGGGCUUCCUCGCCUGCUGUGGCCGCCUCGGCGCAGCCAUCUCCGGGCUCGUGGCAUUGGUGGCCUUGUUCUUCUACACCAUCGCUGUCUCGCUGAUGACGGCCACGUUCGUCAAGGCCCGCGACGCCUUCCUGGCUGACAACCGAUCCGCCAGCAUCGGCCGCUACGCCUUCGGUUUCAGCUGGGGCGCGUGGGCUGCCCUGUUCAUCGGCACAGUCCUGUUCUUUAUGGGCACGCGCAACCGAGAAGGCUACUCCCGCCGCCGUUUCGGAAGGAGCCGAAGUACUAGGAGCCAUCGCUCUCACGACCUCGGCAGUAGACGUGUCAAGGAUGAUUAUUCCUAGGCCUUGGCCGACAGGAAACUUUCUAACCACCGGAGAAAGGUAUAGCGGAAGGAGUUGUGAUGGGAACAGCAGAGCGUCGGGGGGAGGCCAGGUGGCUCAGCGGAACUCCACAUAGAGAAUGGCAGCGAUAAAUUGUCUUUCUGCGCUUCAACAAUCGACGGCGCCUUGCAUAUAGUUAAUCCUUGGAAAUGACGUGCUAAUCAAUGCUAAUCCACAUUACAC